UCGACUCACAGGGAGCACCUCGAAUUAACCGCAAGGUUUUUAUUUGAAAACCACCAACCCGAGCUUUAAAAGAAACUGGCACCAUGGAAGAGUCCUCUAAUCCACUGGUCCGGCGGCUCGUGCCCAUGGCCGCCGCUCAGCCCGUGCGCGCACACGCACCCGAUGACCCCAUACUGCGAGGGUAGCCGGCGCCGUCCUCCCGGAGGAAAACGUACGCACGCGUACUCAGCGCGAGGAGACGUUGGCUACUGUCCACGGCCCCCCUCCCCUUCAACCUCCUCUCCUCUUCCCUCCGACCGGCACAGAGAAGAGUGUGAGAGACCGAGCGAGGGAACGUGGGAAAGGGGAAGACAAUGUACCAAACGCUGCUUCUUUCCUCCUCCCUCUUCAUCCUUCAUGUGAUGGGCACUCCCCAGUACUUCGCUCACCACGGGAGGAGGGUGUGCGGACGAGACCUCCGCCACAACGUUGUCAUGGCAACGGAGUCCUACGUCCAGCCGGUGCACAGGCCCUACAUCACCCUGUGUCAGGGGCAUCGCCUCUGCAGCACUUACAACACCGUGUACUCGGUGGCGUACCGGCAGGUGAGCCGAGUGGCGUCUCCUUCACAUUUCUACCCAGAGUGCUGCCCGGGCUGGAGGAGAUUUCACUCUCACAACUGCAACCAAGCUGUGUGUGGACAAGCCUGUGUGAAUGGAGGCACCUGCUUAAGACCCAACCAGUGUGCUUGUCCGCUGGGCUGGACGGGCCACCAGUGCCAGACAGAUGUGGACGAGUGCAGCGAGCAGCGGCCUUGCGCCCAGGAGUGCCUGAACACAGCUGGCAGCUAUCGAUGCGCGUGCAGAGGCGGCUUCGGGCUCGCCGGAGACGGCCGUUCUUGUCAAAGCCUUCCUCCUCCUCCUCCUCCUCCUCCUCCCGCCAUGCCUCCCGCUCCCACCCAGACCAGCCAGGCAACAGUGGGUGGUCACACUGACGCAGGUGGAAGGUUCAGCCUGGUGGAGAAUGUGACGGAGGAGGUACAGAGCCUGAGGAACAGAGUAGAGCUCCUGGAAAAGAAGUUGCAGCUGGUCUUGGCCCCCUUCAACAGCUUCUUCCCACUGUCGCUGGAUGAGGGCAUCUCAGAGAAAACCACCUUACUGUCCCACUCCUUCCAGCAACUAGACCGCAUCGACUCCCUCAGCGAGCAGAUUGGCUUUCUGGAGGAGCGCCUUGGCACAUGUUCUUGCCAGGAGAAUUAACCACAGACCAGACCAUGGCCGCCAUUCAGUUCGGAGAUCUCCCAUGAAGUUUGUAACGACACGCACCAGAGCGGAUGGUGCGUGUGAGAGGAGGGGAUGGCGGAAAGCAGAAACAGCCUCAGUCCUUGUUAUGCUGUGACACAAUCGUGGCACGAAUCAUCUGUGAUUUUCACUGUUCCCAACAGGUUCAUUUACUUUUCUUGUCGAAUCAUUGUCAAAUUCUCUAAUUUUUUUUUUUUUUUUUUGGUAAUGGCACUUGUGGUAGGGUCAGUUUCAACCAUUACAUCAUCCCUGUAACAUCUAAAUCAAACCCCUCGAGGGUCAAAGGUUAAACUGGCCACUUUGUUUCUGAGUUUGUUUUGUAUCAGUGCAGCUGUGUCCUCUGUCUGAGCCCCAGACGUGGACAUCUGUAUUUAUCUAUUUAAAUUAUGAUUACAUUUACUUAUUUCUCGGUUCUCCAAUAGACAUUUUUACCUAGUUUUGUAACAUUUUGUAAUAAAAAGUCUUAAUCAAAA